AUGACGAGAAAGAAAAUUCAGAUGAAGAGGAUCGAUAACACCACAGCACGGCAUGUGACUUUCUCUAAGAGGAGGAAGUGCAUAUUUAAAAAGGCUCUGGAGCUCUCAACUCUCUGCGAGGCUGAAAUAGCGCUCAUUGUCUUCAGGGCUACCGACAAGCUCUUUGAUUACGCCAGCCCAAGGACCGUCCACAGUAUAUUGAGGGUACGAGCAGCCAUUCUUGUAGUUCUUUCACUACUUCUUCUUGGGAGCAAGUCCCCUGGGAAACACAAAGAUCUCACAUGUCUUGAUGGUCUUGGAGAUGAGCUUGUUUGUUGUGGUGAUGAAGCCUACUUUCAGCUCGCCUUCAAAGUGAAUAUGGUCUGGGUAGCUUGCAGAAUGGAAUUAAAGGCCCUUGAUCUAAACCUGCCAACAAAUGAUGGUAAACUAAGGUAUUUGUCAAAUGAACAUGUUGCUCAAAAACCUGUUGUGGCCAAUAUAGCUUACUGA